GAGUAGGUCCGGAAUCGACAGCGUCGUUCGAUUCGGCGCUAAACCUGGCUGUCUGAUCUGCCAUGAUGAUGACGUUUACGUCGAACGUGAUCCUCGAGAAAAUUCGAGGAGAAAUAUUUUUGACAGCCACGUUUAUCGCCGAAUAUAUAACGUCAUCGCCCGAUGACAUGCGUCACGCGAAACACGCGUAAUAAGAGAGAGGAGGCGGAACGAUAACGAGAACGCAAAAAGUUGCCAGCACUGACUUGAAAUUUUCGUUUCCCGGAUGCGGACGAUUGGCAGCGAGAAGAAGAGCGGUCCUCCUCCGGGCGACGACGCUCGCGAGGGAACUGUCAAAAUGGCGAGCGGGACUUACUUGGACGGCGUCUUAUUCGGCGCCGCGCUUUUACUCCUCGGCAGAAGGCCGCCUUGCCGCAGAAAGGAUCCGGAAUAUCGCAUAUGUCGCGGCGGAGGUUGCGGGGCGCCCUCUGCCGGAAGCGCGUCGAAGGGACACGCUUCCGGUUUCCUCUCGGCGCGGCGAUGCGUUGAAUGAAUGGAGAGAAUAUUGAUCAAAAUGAAGGAGAGAAAUAUGGUAACGACAACACAAAUAAUUAACCUCAGUUAAUCCAAAUGAUUGUGAUUGAAAGGCUGGUUGCUCAGGAUAUCAUCGCACAAAUAGUAAAUUCGAGUGAAAUCUCGUACGACAAUCGUGCUUGUGUCGAGGUGUUAUCACGUUUGCUCAAAUGAACAAAAAUGAACAAAAAUGAUUCGAUGAGCAGAUACGGGCCUCUCGUUGGUGCGAUUGACGAGGGCACGAGCAGUGCUAGAUUUCUGGUUUUUGCAGCGAAUACAGCAGAAGUCUUAACAUACCAUCAAGUCUCCAUAUCGCAAACAUGCCCAAGAGAGGGAUGGGUUGAACAAGAUGCUUUAGAAAUAUUAAGAGCAGUUAGAGAAUGUCUCAAACAAACUGUAUUCAAUUUAAGACAACUAACGAUAGAUCCAGCUGAUAUUGUUGCAAUUGGUAUAACAAAUCAAAGAGAAACUACAGUUGUAUGGGAUUCUAUCACAGGAGAACCACUUUACAAUGCCAUAGUAUGGAUGGAUAUGAGAACCACAUCGAUUGUAGACAACAUAUUAAAGGAUAUACGCAAUCAAAAUAAAGAUUACUUGAAACCACUUUGUGGCUUACCAAUUAGCCCUUAUUUUAGUGCAUUAAAGUUGAAAUGGUUGUUGGAAAAUAUACCUCGAGUUCAAGAAGCACUAAUAGCUAAACGUCUUAUGUUUGGCACCAUUGAUUCCUGGUUAAUUUGGAAUUUGACUGGUGGUGCUAAUGGGGGUGUUCAUAGUACGGAUGUUACAAAUGCUUCGAGAACCAUGUUAAUGAAUAUUGUAACUUUGAAGUGGGAUCCCACUCUACUAUCAUUUUUCAAAAUACCUGCUGAAAUUUUACCUGAAAUACGGAGUUCUUCCGAGAUAUAUGGUUAUAUACACGAUGAACUGCUACAGGGUGUUCCUAUAUCAGGGUGUUUAGGCGAUCAACAAUCAGCUUUAGUAGGUCAAAUGUGUCUACAACAAGGACAGGCAAAAAGUACUUAUGGCACUGGUUGCUUUCUUCUUUAUAAUACUGGCAGAUCUAUUGUGGAUUCAUCACAUGGAUUAUUAACAACAGUCGCUUACCAAUUAGGAGCACAUGCUUCUCCAGUAUAUGCUCUUGAAGGAUCUGUUGCUAUCGCAGGUGCUGUUAUACAAUGGCUAAAGGAUAAUCUUGGAUUACUGAUUAAUGUAAAAGACUGUGAAACUAUUGUUGAACAAAUACCAAUGAACAAUCGUCUUGUCUUUGUGCCAGCAUUUGCUGGGCUGUAUGCUCCAUAUUGGAGAAAAGAUGCGCGAAGUAUUAUAUGUGGUAUCAGCGAAGAUACUAAUAGCGCACAUAUUAUAAAGGCAGCUUUGCAAGCAGUAUGCUUUCAAACGAGAGAUAUUUUGGAAGCUAUGAAAGAAGAUACUGGCUUGGUGUUAUCAAAAUUGUUAGUUGAUGGUGCAAUGACGACUAAUGAUUUAUUAAUGCAAAUGCAAGCCGAUAUCUGUGGAAUUCCAGUAGUUAGGCCACUGAUGUGUGAAACUACUGCACUUGGAGUCGCAAUUGCCGCAGGAAGCGCAGAAGGAAUACGCAAAUGGGAUGUCAAGAUUGAUGCUGCUGUUCCCAGUGAUAUUUUCUUACCAUCAAUAACUGAAAAUGAACGUGAUAUUUUAUAUUCUCGGUGGAAAAUGGCUAUUGAUAGAAGCUUAGGAUGGGAAUUGCUUCCAGAAACAGAUGUUGAUACAAAAGAUAUACAUAGAGCGACUGCGCCGGGUAUAUUUGUAAUUACUACGAUAAUAGUACUCAUGGUAGCUAAGUACAGAUCUACUUUAUAAUGAAUUGUGUGCAGUACUGCAUAUUUAAUUUAAAUAAGACUAUUCAAUCCAAUUGAAAAUAUCGUUUAAAAGUGUGACAUAUUACUUUAUAUCUAUAUAAAUAUAAUAUUAUUUAUUAAUUUAAAAAA